GGGGAACAGGGUAUUACGGGGCCACCGGGUCCAAAGGGAAAACAAGGAAUUAUGGGUCCAAAGGGGGAACAGGGAAUCGCAGGAGUUCCCGGUCCCAGAGGGAUCACCGGUGCAAAGGGAGAAUCCGGAGAUUCGUUUUCACCUCCCGCGAUGGUGAUCUCUCCGAUGAAGCAAACAACCGUGACGAAGUACAAUGCAGUGUUCCAGUGUUACGUCGUUGGAAAUCCCAAGCCGACUGUCACGUGGGUAGGAAAGAGCGGCACUCCCUUAAGAAGUCAAGAUGGCAGAUUAGAAGUGCGUCACUUGACAGUUGAGGACGCAGUAGAAUAUACUUGUAUUGGAAGAAACUUUCUGGGCAUUACAAGCCAGACUGCUAUUUUGACUGUCGAAAAACCUGUAGAAUGUACAAACUACUCAAGUCUGACCAGCGAUGACCGGAAAACCACAUACAUCGCGAAGUCUCGUCAGUGUGACAGAAACCUCAAUGGCUGGUAUCGUUUCCAAGGAGCUGCGGGAACUAGAAUGCCUACUUCAUGUCCACCUACAUGGAGGUGUGGCACUGCUGGAAGCGGCUGGCUAAAUGGUGUACAUCCUACAGUGGCUGAUGGCAGAGUAACCAGGCAAGUCUGCUUUCAUUGGGAUUUAAACUGUUGUUGGAAAUCCACCAACAUUGAAGUGAGAAACUGCGGCUCUUUCUAUGUUUACCACUUCAGUGGUUCAAAUGGCUGUUACCAUCGCUACUGUGGCACUGACUAAUUGCUUUCCUCAUAAAUCUCGACAACUUCCGUGUGCUUGAUGAAUAAUCUUUUUAUAAAAUAUUUCUUUUCAUUGAUAUUAACAAAGGUAUUAAUAGCAACACACAACACAUGCAAAAAGUGGCGAUUUCUUGCCUUGACCUCGGUUUUAGUUGACUGUUGCUAUAGAUACAUUUGUUAAUAUAAAUUAAAACAUAUUUGCCCUUAAUUACUGACAACGAAGAUUAAGCUGCGAAUGUUGAAACUAUGGCAUAUAUUUUGGGACGUAAUGUUAUUGUGUAUUUUUUUUUUCUCUAAUUCUUACUUUGGGUUACGUUUUCCUUUCCACUUCGUUUAAG